CCGUGAUGGAACGACCAUUCCGAACGCCCGUGCCCAGUCAAGUGCCGUCGCCGGUUUGCGUCUAGGGUUUUCCGCGCCGUCGCCGCGCCUGUUCCGUCCCACCUGCCCCGCUCGGAACCGUUUUGGGGAGCGUUCUGGUAGUUCGUGUUACGUGUGUGUGUAUGCGUGCGGGGGUGGGCAAGCGGGGUAAAUAGUAACAGACAUAAUAACACUAGUUUUUCUUCUUCUUUCUGUUGUUGUUGCCGCGGUCCCUUGGGUAUCGUGUUGGUGACACGGUGCGAAUUUAAUUACCGAUAAUCCUUUCGGGUCGCAAUUGUUCCGUGACAGAGCCGGUGAGCGGACCGCUUUCGACUAUUGUUCCCGGUAGGGUUCCGGUUUUCUCUCGAGUGUUUGCGAACCGACGGAGUUAUGCAGUAGCGAUGGCCACCAUCAUGUCACACAAUCUGCCGUUGAUUCCGUUGCCGUUGAAGGCCAGCUUGGCCAAGACCGGGUUGAUGAUGUCUGGGCUGCUCGGGAAGGAAGUGCUGUACGGAAGUGGACCGACGGAACGUAGCAGUCCGGUUAGUGAGGCCCGGUCUAGUCCGGAGUCGGUGAUGAUGAUGGCCGGCGGUCAGCCCAAGGAAGAUGACCGGAUGAGCUGUUGUAGUGAGGAUAGUGAGCUGUCCGUCGGACAGGAAGUGGACCUGGACGGAAGUGACAAAACGAUGAACGGUGACGAGAACAGAAGUGUGGCCAGUUCGCGGAUAGGCGGGCUGGAUGUAGAAAAGUUGAUCGAUAGACACAGCGUUGAAGUGGGUGAAGAAGUGAGUAACGAUUCGUCGCGGUAUUCGAGUUCAAAGGAGCCGUCGGAAGAGUACAUGAAGAUACCGGUGAUGCGGCCAAGUCCGACGAGGUUGCACGAGGAGUUCCUAAGAAAUUCGCAGCUGUACGCUGAAGAGUUGAUGCGCCAGCAGAUGCAGAUUGUGGCCGCGGCUCGGGGACUUAACCUGAGUCCCAAACCGUUGGAUCCAACGCUCGGUUUGGUGACCCGGUUGCAGGACAACCGAAGUCCCGGCAAGCCAAUGUUCACGGAAGAGCAAAAAUUAGGCUUUCGACCGCACAUACGAGGCGUGGGAGAUCUCUAUCCGGAUCCGAACCGCUGGUCGGACGAACGAAGCGUCCGGUCACCUCCGGAGUCUUCCUCGUUCCGCGGGAUCCACUCGCACCUGAGUGCCAUCUCGCAGAUCACGCAGAACCUCAACAGUGACAUCAGCAAGCUGACCUCCCCAUCCAGCCUAACCAGUAUGACCUCCCGGGAAAGCUCCCAAUCGCCACCCAACAACCAGCUCCAAGCCGGCAACCACGCGGCCCAUCUGCUCCAGCUGAACAAUAACAUUGCGCUCAACGACCAGAACCUCAAGUUCAGCAUCGACAACAUCCUGAAGGCGGACUUUGGCCGCCGCAUUACGGAUCCGCUAAAAAGAAGCGGAAAAAGCUACGCGAAAAAGCCGUCGGCUGAAAAGCCCGCGACCUCCGCGGCACCGGCCGCUAUGGAUCUGACGUCUGUCAUGACCAGCGCGGCUGGUUGCAGCGGCACCAACAGUAGCGGCCCCAGCCGCUCCUUCAACAGCAGCAGUUCUAGUGCCAGUGGAAGUGAAGUGGAUGUGCCCGCGUCGCCGCAGUCCUCGACCGGUUCCAGCAAAACCGGCGAGGGGACGAGCGGUAGCACGACUACCACCAGUGGUAGCGGAGGGCCGAUGGUGUGGCCGGCCUGGGUCUACUGUACCCGCUACAGUGAUCGUCCUAGUUCAGGCAGAAGUCCACGGACGCGCAAACCAAAGAAGAGCCCCAGUGAAAAGGCUGCGGCGAGUGCGGUGGCGGCGGCCACGGCAGCUGCGGGGGCAGCCAGUGCCAGUGCUGCGGCCAUCGCCGACGAUAAGCGACCCCGGACGGCGUUCAGCGGACCGCAGCUGGCCAGAUUGAAGCACGAGUUCGCCGAGAAUCGCUACCUGACCGAGCGUCGCCGCCAGCAGCUCAGUGCCGAGCUGGGUCUGAACGAGGCCCAGAUCAAAAUUUGGUUCCAGAACAAGCGCGCCAAAAUCAAAAAGUCCUCCGGCCACAAGAACCCUCUCGCGUUGCAGCUGAUGGCCCAGGGUCUGUACAACCACUCGACGGUGCCGCUGACCCGCGAGGAGGAGGAACUGCAGGAGAUGCAGGCCGCGGCGGCAGCGGCUGCCGAGUCCCGGAUGGGGUCUUCCGAUUGAUCUUUGAGGGUGGCCGCGAGGACGGUUACCUAGGAAGUUGCUUUGGCGUUCUACUAAAAUGUGUGACUCUUGAAAACGAAAUGAGAAAAAUCGAAUGAAAUAUCUGUGAUAUCGUAAAGUUAGUUCAGUUCAACAGUUACGAAUGGUGUAAAUGCAAUUUUUUGUGUUUGUUCAGUGGCAGGUAGAUUUGAAUGUUGUAGACUUUUUCACCCUCCCUCUAACUGUUUCUAAUUUAUGAGCUUUUACCUUGUAUUUGAGCCGAAUUCGGUUAACCAAUCAGAAAACUGCAAAUAGAACAAUAUCCGUUCAUAGAUAAAUCAAUCUGUACAUUAACUAGUGUAAAUACCAAGUACUUUUAAAUUGCGAACAUGCUAUCGAUUGACUAGUAAUAUAUUAAAAACUACAGUAAAAAAAAAGUUUAUUGAUGCAACCUCUGUUGAAGGUUGAUGAAGUGUAAAUAUACAAAUUUAUUUAUUCUGUUUGUGGUGUAGCAGCAGCAGCAGGUGAAAAAAAGUGAAACCAGAUGUAAAAUUACACGCAAAAAAAAAUCAACAGAUAAUAAAUCUUGAAAUGGUGUUUUGAAAAUGGAAUGGAUGCGAAAAUAAAGUACACUCUAGCAAUAUCGACAUUAAUUA